AUGGAGAACAGGAGGAUAACAGAAGGUCCAGGAGGAGAACGGUCGGACUCCAGGUUCCACGGUGUGAGGGUAGAGUUCCAGGAGGAGGAGGUAGAUGAGAAGGAGGAGGAUAGAGGGAGGGGAAAGAAGAAAAGCCAAAAGAUCCAUAAAACUAAAGAAGUUGUGGACGACACCAAACAAUCUUGUAAAGUUCACCUCGUCCAAGCUGAAGCAAUGGGCAGCCUCCCAGUGGUCCUGCUCCUCUGCUGUUUCCAUGCGCUCGCAGCUGUAGUCCAGGCCCAGCAGACCGAGGGCCCCGGGACACUGGCAGGAACCCCGGCUACCUGCAGGGAGGAGAUGUAUCCUUGCACCAGGAUGUACUCAGUUCAAAGACCCAUAAAGAGAUGUCUCGGCAGGCUGUGCCUCUACAGCCUCCCUCGGAUGUACGUGAUCAACAACGAGGUCUGUGUGAGGAUGGUGUGUCAGCAAGACGACUACCUGAGAGCUGAACUGUGCAGAGAGCAGUCCGGGUGGCCCAGACGCAUCGCAAGGACAACUACAGGGAAACGCUGUCGCCGUGGCAACCCCAAAACGUGGGCAAACAAAGCCUGACCGUGCCCAGGAUGAUGGGUGUGACACCAUCUGAGGGUCUUCUCUCCCCUACAGUCAUGUGUGCCAGAUCACUUUACUCUUUUUAUUGUGUUAAUGUUUA